ACUAGAUACCCUUGAAAUGAACGGUGAACUUCAUUUUCACUUAUGUGUUACCAAAAUCGAACAAGCAAAAAAGAAAACUAAAGUAUAUCUCAGCAGUUUUGUUGUUAGUAACAUCAGACAGUUAUAACUCUAUCAAGAUACAGAUUAUGGCGGAAAACGAGAAAAUAGUAUUCGACUGUGUACCUACCUAUCUCAAAGGCUUCCAUGAUGAUAUUCUUGCAUCUAAAAUGGUUUAUUCAAAGUUGGGCCAAACGCAAUUAUUAGUUUCUCGAUUAGGGCUGGGCGGUGCCCAACUGAAAGAUGUAUUAAAUACCCCUAAAGAGCAAGAUGGAAUCGAUACAGUCAUCAAAGCAGUUAAAAGUGGAAUAAAUUACUUUGACACAGCUCCAUAUUACGGACAAGGAAAAGCUGAAACAAUGCUUGGGAAAGCAUUGAAACUUAUUCCUAGAAAUACUUAUUAUCUUGCAACCAAAGUUGGAAGAUACGGCGUGAAUGAAGAGACUGCUGAGAGAUUUGAUUUUUCUGCAAUGCGUACAUUGCAAAGUGUAAAAGAGAGCUUUGCAAGAUUGGGAGUUAAUCAUAUAGAUCUCCUGCAAAUACACGAUGUCGAAUUUUGCCCAGAUGUGAAUAUCAUCAUCAACGAAACUCUUCCUGCUCUUCAAAGUUUGAAAGAUGCUGGGAAAAUAAGCUACAUCGGCAUUACUGGAUAUCCACUAUCAAAGCUAAGAGAAAUUGUUGAGAAAAGUAAAGUGAAGAUAGACACUGUUCUGUCUUAUUGCCGAUGUACAUUGUUGGAUAAUGAAUUGAGAAAAUACAUUCCUUUUUUCCAAGAAAGAAGGCUAGGUAUAAUCAAUGCUGCAGUGCUAGGUAUGGGUUUAUUAACCAAUAAUUCAAAUCUUCCUGAAUGGCACCCUGCAUUCCCGAAUAUAAAGCAGAUUUGCAAACAAGCAGCAGACUAUUGUAAAGAGCGGGAUGUUAAUCUGGCAAGACUAGCAGCCAAUUAUUCUUUUUCUCAACCUGAUAUUCAUGUUCAUUUAAUAGGGAUGGAAAGUGAGAAAUUAGUGCAAGCAAAUUUGUCUUCUCUUUAUGAUCCUCUCACAGCUCAUGAAACAGAAGUUCUGAAUCAUAUUAUUGAGAAUUUCUACAGGAAAAUUCCAGUAACCAAUUGGGAAAAUAUAGAACCUCAAGCAUAUUGGCAAGAUUUGAAAACACUUGAUUUACAGAAAUUGCAAUAACUAAUUCAAAUUUUUAAAUAAUAUUCAAGUUAUGACAUGCAGAAAAUGUUAUUUAAAAUCUACAAUAAAAUUUUUUAACACUUUAGACAUUGUUUAUUAAUUCUUCGAGUCCAGAGGAAGAUAU